AUGGAGGUGCCGAACGCCAAGCUCCAGAGAGCCGCCUGCCUCCUGCUCCUGCUCCUGCUCUGCUCCCUGGCCGCCGCCCGCCAGAACCUGCCCGAGUGCUGCCGGCAGAAAACCUGCUCGUGCCGCAUCUACGACCUCCUGCACGGCAUGGGCAACCACGCCGCCGGCAUCCUCACGCUGGGCAAGAGGAAGAGCGUCCCACCAGCCUUCCAGAGCCGCCUCUACCGCCUGCUGCAUGGCUCCGGCAACCACGCCGCGGGCAUCCUCACCAUGGGCAAGCGCGGGGAGCACCCCGGCACCGCCUGCCGCGACGCCUCGGGCUGCGCCGUGGGUGCUGGUGCUCAGCCAACGCCGGCGCUGAGGGGCACCGACGCCAGCCCCAGGGAAUGCCAGGGACGCGCUGGGAAGGACGUGACCAAGAGCCGGGGAGCUGCGAAGAGCUUUUACUGA